AUGAUACCUGCCGACGAACCCAAUGGUCAGUGCAGGGUAGUCAACCUGGCAUUUCAUUUCCUUUUCUACCUCGUUUGUUUGUUCGUUGGCUUGGUCUCUUUAACCACGUUGACUUUCUCUCUCUCCUCUAUCGCAGGCGAGACGACGACGUACGUCCUACGCGUGGCGGUACGUGCCCGCCAGCGUGCCCUGGGUCCCCUGCACCCGGGCUUCGACAUCAACGGCAUCAUCCACGACGGCCUGUGCAAGCUGCUGCCGGAGAACGCGCACAAGAUGUGCAGCGGACGACUGCACGUCUCCCUCACGCGGGUCUCCGAUGGCAAAAACGUGCUGCUGUCGCAAUUCGAGUCCCGGGAACACCUCGUCGAGGCGCUGAAGUGCAGCUGCUUCAUACCCUUCUACUCCGGCCUGAGGCCUCCGAAAAUUAACGGAGUGGCGUACAUGGACGGCGGCUUCAGCGACAACCAGCCGUCGCUGGACGAGAACACGGUGACCGUGUCGCCGUUCGCUGGCGACAGCGACAUCUGCCCCAUCGACGACUCCUACAACCUAACGCAGAUCAACUUCAGCAACACCAGCAUAUCGAUAUGCCCGGGAAACUUAUACAGGGCGGCCCGUAUCUUCUUUCCCCCCGACCCCGAGAUACUGAGCCGAAUGUGUCAGCAGGGCUUCGACGACGCUGUUCGUUUCCUGCAGAAGCACACCAGCGUUCGGAUGCUGAAAUCAGACAUGAUCUCCUGCACCAGCUGCUUGGCAGUGCAGUCAAGUUUCGUGAUGGCGGCGCCCGAGGCGAGCCCCGACCUGAGCACCGACUCGGACGCCGAGCAGGCGUGCGACAACUGCCACAGCUGCAAGCAGCGUCAGCAGUUGGCCCUCACUGACAGCCUGCCCGAAACUAUCGUCAGAGCUAUCCAGGAUGCGUCUGACCAGCUGAACAAAGGAGUGAUCAACUGGCUCUUCAGACACCGCCCUAUGAAGCUCCUCUCCAUACUGACCAUUCCAUACGUGCUGCCCAUCGACAUCACCAUCGUCGUUAUUUGCAAGAUGUGGCAACUGCUGCCAAAGAUGCGGCGGGAAAUCCGCCGCCGGCUCAUGCGCACCGUGGGCGUGGCGCGCGACUUCACCUCCAAGCUGCAGAGCAAGCAUCCGCUGUACAGCGCGCGCUUCUCCUGCCAGCUCAACAUCACCGAGUUCAACUACACGCCGGACGAACCGGAGCCUCGACCGAAGACACCGACGGGCCCGCCGCCGCGUCGGGUGCCGGCCCCGAUGCUGAGGCACGACCUGCGCAGCCGCAGCCUCGAAGACCUGGUUCGCGGCAACCCCAGACUGCAGCAGCGCCAACGCGUGCUGCAGCGCAAGUCGUCCUACGCGGGCAUGGCGCUGCCCCGACGUACAGGCAGCGAGGACACCACCGUGGUCAGCUCGCUCAACUUCGGCUUCACCAUGAACUUAUCGGGAAGCGGCGGCGGCACUACCACCGGCGCGACCGCCGCGGGACCGCAGGGCGCCGUGGUCGGAGGACCCGUGGAACGCUGUCGCAGGCAGAGCGUCGUCGAGGCGUUGCGGACCCUGAGCGAGGACCGCGAGGAAGACGCCACGGUGGACGCCAUAGCGCUCACCAACCAGGCGCUCAACUGGGAGAAGGAGUGCAUCGAGCGAUGCCAGAGCAAGGAGGACGCCGACAAGCUGGAACACAUCCUGGACGUGACUCAGCAGAAGGACGCACUCAUGGCCUUCUACUACACGGACUCGACGACGCACCGGGUCCGCGUCACCGAGAUCUUCAACGUCACCGACACGGCGCCCAACUCGAGGGCCUCGUCUCCGCGUCGACCACGAACGGAGACGGAGGCGCGCAGAAGAGGCGACUGUAUGGUGGACACGUCCGGACCUGCGAGCUCCCGAAGGACGCCGCCGCUCCUGAGGAUGUCUCCGGUGGACGAAGGGACACCCACCAGUCCCGGGCAGCCGCCGUGCUUCGACGAGGGCCCGUCGACCGCGUCGUCGUCUUUGACGUCGUCGCCGUCUACGACGGGGAACGCGUGGAAUUCAUCGGCCGAGUACGCCGACGAUUCGUCGUCGCCUUCGACGUCCGGAGCGUCUUUCAACUGCGAGCACAAGGUGCCCCGCAGAAAGAACUCCGUCGCGUUCGUCACCUGUGGAACUCGCUGAAUUCGUCGGUUGUGUGCGCUGGCAACUUAUCCUCGGCGUCUGAUGGACUGAAGCCUCCAACGCUGACCGACUGGCAGGCGAAGCCUUCGGUCGAGUUCGUCAGCUGUGAAACUCGGUGAUUGAACACCUGUGCGUGCAGUAUGCCAAACUGUAUAAUGUAACCAUGGCGCCACAAAUAUGUGCCACAUUCUGAUUUAUGAUCUUAGCGUCUUGCUGUUUUUCUGCAGGAGCAAAGAAACACUCGUUAUAUGCAUUUUUAUUUAUACAGUCGUGCGUGAGGAAGUGCACGUUAAAUGUUUUUUUUUUCUUCUUCUUCUCGUUGUACUGCGAAGGACUCGAUGUACUUAUACAGUGAAUGACUUCUGGAACUCAAGGGAAUGUACUGUACACCCGAGUGACUUUUUUUACAU